GUAUAAUGAAAAGGACAGCCUAUGGUGUCUAUCUUAUUUUUAAUUUAUGAUUAGUAAUGAUGGUUAGAAAUGUUAUGUGGAACAGAUAGGUGUCACCACCAGAUCUACAGACUAUCAAGACUAAGAACAACAAGAAUCAUAUUUCCCAUCACCUCAUCAUAGAAUAUAUCAGGCUUGUAAAGCUAUAAUAAACAAUCAAUGCAGACCCUGGCGCCACCUUUUUGGAAACACUUUGAUUAAGUGAGGAAUCUACACAUCAACAAUCUAACUGAAUCAGUAUAUUGCCAGCAAAGGAAGAUGAGCUAAAACAACAACUUCAAUGUGGAGUGUAGUAAAGGAAACUAAUGAAGUGCAGUUACUAUAGCAAAUGAUCAAGUGUCUAUCAUUGCUUCAUUCUCUAUAAAGGCACAAGAGGUUGAAGGACUAAAAACAUAUUCCAGGAAGAAUUCAUAAACAGAGGUAUCAGACGCACCUCAAAGUAGCUACCUAUUCACAUACCAUAAAUACGUUAAAUAGUUGCGCUCAUUCAAAGAUUUGUGGACAAAAUAUUUAUAUCACAUAUUUGAGGCUUUAUGAUAAAAGACUUCUCAGUUCCAGUUUUACAUACCAAACAACCACAAAGCAUUCAAAGACAUUACCCUGGAAAAAGCCAAAGUAGGAACUUUUUAAUGCGAUGUGAUGACCAGCAAAUCAUAACUCGAUUUAUCAUAAUUUAUUGCAAUAGAUUACUUGGAUUAAAAAGUAAUUUUAAGGUGACAGACCUCUUCAGGAGAUUUUAUUACUGGAGUUCGCAGACCACUAAUCCUGAUGAAAGAGACAAUGAGUGGUCGUAAAACGCUACAAAGAAAUGGUAGCGGAGGUACUGAGUACCACAUAGCUCUCUUGGGGGCUCUGGGGGUCGGCAAGUCAGCAUUAACAGUCAAGUACAUCACUAAGAGAUUCAUCAUGGAAUAUGAUCCAUUCUUAGAGGAUACCUAUACUAAACAUGAAACCAUGGAGAAGGAAGAUAUAACACUAAAAAUAAUGGACACUUUUGAAAAGGAAGAAAGUAAUCCAGACCGAUAUUUAAAAUGGGCAGAUGCCUUUAUUGUGGUUUACAGCAUCACUGGCAGGCAAAGCUUUGAAGGUGCUAGGGUCUACCUUGAUAGCAUAGUCAAAUUCCAGAAGUCAUCUGGCAAAGACAUCCCUAUAACCCUAGUUGGAAAUAAAGUUGACCUAGAAAGAUAUAGGCAAGUAAGCAAGUCAGAAGGAAAAACUCUAGCCACACAAUAUGAGUGCCUUUUCUACGAGACCUCCGCUGCGGAGGAUUAUGAACUUGUUAAUAAAAUAUUUGAGGGGACCUUACGAGAACUUUGUAGAAUCAAAGAAAGACAAAUUCCCCUUCAACCUUUGUAUAUAACAGAGGAUAAACCAACAAUAUCAGCCCUGUUGAGCCCAACAAGCCCUGGACCAUUCAGUGGUCUACACUCAACACGAAGGGCAAAAUCUCCAAAAGUGACAUCAUCAGAUAUAAAAGAUACACGCAAGGAUGAAAAGGACAGCUCUAACACUAAGUUUUACCAAAAGAAACCUACAACAUUCAGGAUUUUAAAGGGUUUUAAGCUGUUCAAUUGAUACCUGUAAUUAUAAGCAUAAAUGGAAGUUCAUUAAAUUGUCUGAGAUAUAAAUGGUGCAUUCUUAUAAUUCCGUGGUUCUGUAUUAUAUAAUCAGCCUCAAUAUUAAUGCUUUUACUCAAUCAGUGCUACUUCACAAUAUGUUGCUUUAAUGUGGGACAUGUGCAUGGUUUUUGUGUAUCAUUUUUUCAAUUUGCAAGACUAAAUACAAGAAUUAAGAAAUACUUACCAUUUGUAUUUUCAGUCUACUGUUUAUCCAAGUGCAAAUAACUUAAGUCUGACCUGUUAUGUAUACUGUACAUGUAUUCAUGUACCAAAGCAUAAUUUAUGUUACCAGCUGGAGCAGAGGAAGGUUUACAAUUUAUGAAAGAUUGCAAGUUUGAUACAGUGAUAGUACUGUAGUGUUUCAUACUAUGGAAAUUGUAUUUGUACAAUGAAUACAUUAUUUCUUACAAUUAAUAUUGUAUUUUGCACAAUAAAUCAUGUAUUUUACAGGGGUGUAGCCAGGAUUCAUAGUGCUAUUACAAGAGGCAGUAGACCAAGCAAAAUUAGGGGGGUCUGGGGGGCAUGCUCCCCAAAAAAAAUUAGGAUUUAUAUUGUACUUUCUGAGCAAUUCUAGGACCAAAAUAUAUUCUUUAUUUGAAAAAGUUUUGAAUUUUUGGGCUUAUUUGGCACAUUCUGAUUGAUUCUAGGAUCAAAAUAUGAUUUAUUUCAAUUUUCACCUCUGGUCUUUACUCUCAAAAGUAUGCAACUGCGUAUUCUGUGUAUAUGUAGCUACUGCUACGCCCAUGUUUUAUACAAUAAAAAUCGCAUUUCACACAAUAAGUAUUGCAUUUCAUACAGAGAAUAUUGUGAAUGAUACAAAAACAACUGAAUUUGAUAAAAUAAAUAUUCUAUGAGAUUACAAUUAAAAUUGUAUAAUGAAAAUAGAUGUUUUGAUGAUCAAAGCAUGAUGUAGAUUAUGACUGACACACUAAAGAUUGAUGUUAUAAUAAAUUGCCAUUUUCUGUUUUUGAAAACAGAAUUUACUUCGUGAUGAAAUGAAUUGUCAAUGACAGAAUAUUAACCUUUGUGAAUGGUUGAC